AUGAGUCUUUGCGCGAAUACGCUCAUCGAUAUUGGAAGGCAUAUGGCGAUUUGGAAGCCGUUGGCAGCACUAUACUUCAAACAAGGCCUCCCCCCUUCACAUAAGCUCAUGCAGUCAUUGACGAAACGGCCCGCCUCUGACUUGAAAGAGCUAAGGGCUCGAAUAGAGGAGCGAGCCCGUGUGGAAGAUGACACAACCUUUAUACAAGUGUCAAUUGCAGAUGAGGGAGUUAAGGCCUCUUGGCAACAUAGAGCCGAACAGCCUAGGAGGGAGGACCAAAGAAGAAGGUAUGGCCAAAAUAAGCAACCGACCAUGCAAACCAAAGAAGAAAGGAGUAGAUUCUAUGAAGCCAUAACCACUAUGUUCACGGAGCCGAUCUACAAGCUCUUGGAAAAAAUCAAGGCAGAACCCUGCUUCGUUUGGCCUCCUAAGAUGAUAGGGGACCCAAUUCGGCGCAACCAGGAGUGGCGGUGCACGUACCAUCGUGAGAAAGGACAUAAGAUGCAGAACUGCAGAGACCUUAAGAGGCAUCUCGAAGACUUGGUCACUGUCCGCCACCUCCAGCAAUGGAUCGAUGUGGAAAAGACAAGGGCAAAACAGGGACAACCUCCAACCCCUCUACCAGAGGACCAAGCCCCAAGGCUAGUGAUAAACGUUAUCCAUGGGAUGAGAGACCCCCAAAGAGAGAAAGCCCUUCGUGGCGAGAUUCAAAGAGCCACACACUUGUAA